AUGCGUCGUUUCAUCAUCACAGAAGCUGACUUAACUGAAAACAAUUUUGCCGAUCAAUUUGCGCAGGUCAAAUUCCAAUUCUUAUCACCGUUACUGUUGAUCGUGUGUGAAGAGAAUGAUUUCAGCAGAUUCGUUCGGAGCAGGACACGUUUCGUUCGAAAGCUGAAUAUGCUUCAAAAAUUGGUGCUGAUGCAAAGUUUAUCUCGAAAAACAGAUAUCGAGAUAUCAUUCCGUGUAAGUUUUCGCAUCACUUUUAUUGAUGAUAAAAAUCGUGUGAAAUUAUGUUCAGCACCUGUUGUUGGUGUAUCGUCCAGCAUAGCUAACCACUUAUCGGCACCUUCAAAUGACGCAGAUGAUACGCGUUAUAUUAACGCUUCUCAUAUCGAAGUGCCACCAGCUGAAGCAAAAUAUAUAGCAGCUCAAGCACCAUUGCCCUCAACGCUAGAUGAUUGGUUUGAUAUGAUUCGUGAAAAUGACGUCAGUGUGAUUGUGAUGCUUUGUAAAUUGGUUGAAGGCGGACGAGCGAAAUGUGAACGUUAUUGGCCCGAAGAAGUGAAUAAUGAUAAAGAUUACGGGCGGGUGGUGGUGACUUGUGUGCAUGAGGAGAAGUACGACGAGUUUUGGCGUCGAAAAUUGAAUCUGAAAUGGAAUAGGGAUAAUGUUGAAACCAGUAUUGAACAAUUACAUUUCACAGAAUGGCCUGAUCACGGCUGUCCGCAGUCUGAGGAGAAUGUGCUCAAAAUGAUAGAGUUAUUCGACAAAAUGCAUACUGAAAAACCAAAAAAACCGGUGCUUGUUCACUGCAGUGCUGGAUGUGGUAGAACCGGGACGAUCAUAGCUGCGAAUGUGAUCAGGGAGAUAAUAAAUAAUCAGGAUCAGUAUCAGUUCUUGCACAAACUGGUGAAACGUUUCUGUUGUGAUAAGUUGAAGGAGUGGGAUGUGGAAGUUCCUGCACCAGCAGCAUCCCCCACUGAUAAUAAUAUUCAUGGAAGUUCGGGUGACCAACUAAACGAUAGCGACGCAGGCAGUACAGCUGAUAAGACGGUGAAAGAUCUUAAUAAUGAAAAUAUUGCGAGACUUGGCUCGUAUUCCCCACGUUCACGCACAAAACAACGCACUGGAAGUAGCGAUAAUGAUGGUGUGGCAUCUAACAUGAUUGUGAUUCCUGACUACCCGAUCGAACCAGAUGCAAGACCAACUGGUCCUGAAGAUUUGCCCGAUAUUUCGAGUUAG